AUGUCCUACGACCAGCCACCACAGACUCCUACCAUCUCCCUUAAGAAGCACACCCUUGCUGUGCCGUCGGAGGAUGUUGACGAGCUUCGAACGCUUCUCAAAUCCGCUCGGCUCACCCGACCGACGUACGAGAGCACGACGAAGGAGGUGUACCUGGGUGUCAAGCGGGACUGGGUGGUCGAGGCUAGGCGUUACUGGAUGGAGGACUAUGACUGGAACAAGCAGCAAGACCGGAUGAACGCUUUCCCGCAAUUCGUCGCCUCGCUCAAAACGAAAGAUGAUCUACUCAUGGACAUCCACUUUGCAGCGCUGUACUCUUCCAAGCCUGAUGCUCCGGCCGUGGUGUUCAGCCAUGGCUGGCCUGGAUGCUGGAUCGAGUUUGUGCCGAUGAUGGAGAUGUUGAAGGCUAAAUAUACGCCUGAGACCUUACCAUGCCAUAUAAUCGUCCCUUCUCUCCCUGGCUUCACUCACUCUUCACCUCCGCCCACUUCCCGCGAGUUUGGGAUGAAGGACGCCGCAUACCUCUGGAACCAGCUCAUGACUGGCCUUGGCUUCAAGCAGUACUACGCUCAAGGAGGCGACAUUGGGUCCUUCUUGACCUGGCAGCUCGCUAGGGAUUAUGAAGAGUGCUUAGGCAUACACGUCAAUUUUCUCAGCAUCACUGCCCCGCCAGCGGGCACCCCCGAAGCCGCGCAAUCUACCGGCCCGCCCAAGCCACAGCAGGUCAUGAUGGGUCUGCAGAAGUUUGGGUAUGCGCUGGAACAGGCUACUAGGCCAAGUGCUAUCGGGAUGACUGUGGGGAGCAACCCCCUGUCGCUCUUGACUUGGACCGGCGAGAAGUACCUCGAGGCAUCAGGUAUCCCAAUGUCGCUGGACACUAUGUUGACCUUCGUCUCGCUUUACUGGUUCACCGACUGCUACUCUUCUGGGAUCUGGUACUACCGCUAUCUCAUGGGACUCCGUGCUGGUCCAGGCGCAGACCCCUCACAAGCAGGCUAUCUCAAGAAACCCCUCGGCUACUCGCUGUUCCCGAAGGAGAUCGCCCAGACGCCAGUCCAUUGGGCGGAGAAGCUAGGGGAUCUUGUCUGGUCCAAGGUCCACAAGGGACAAGGAGGACACUUUGCCGCAUUGGAGUGCCCAGAGGAGAUGUGGGCGGACGUGCAGGACUUCAUUGAGGCGGCGAAGCAGAAGAAAGGGAACGCGUCUCAUCUAUGA